AAGAAAGCUCGGCCGGAGCCUGGCUCGCUCAAGGUCAUGCCGUUGAAGUACGAGACAUGCAAUCCCAAGGAUCUGGGUGUGUUGAUCGCCAACAUGCUCAUGGAGCUCAUUCGGAUCAACGACCAGAUUCCGUUGCGCGAUGGUCGGCUUACGAGGUUCCACUCUCGAGCUCCACCUGGCAUCAGUGUUUCCGACUACCUGCAGCGAUUGAUCCAACACGCGACGCUCUCUCCUCCCAUUAUGCUCAGCAUGGUCUACUACAUCGACAAGCUGUGCACCGAAUACCCGGCCUUCACCGUAAACAGUCUCACAGUACAUCGGUUCCUCAUCGCAGCCGCGACUGUCGCCGCCAAAGGUCUGAGCGAUUCCUUCUGGACGAACCCGACGUACGCUCGAAUAGGAGGAAUACCAGUGACCGAACUGGCGACGCUGGAAUUGGAACUGCUACAACGGGUGGACUAUAAGAUUGUGCCAAAACCGGAAGUGCUGGAAGAAUACUAUGCAAGUUUGGUGGAACGAGCCGAAGGAUACAUUCUCGAGGAGUCGGGUGGUUCUGGAUCGGAC